CCAAUAACAACCCAAUAGCAGAAGAGUGCCUUCCAUCGCUUAAAACAAAUGGCGGCAGUGAUAAAAAAAUUCAGUUCCUUCUGCCUACUGCUAGUUCUAUGGCCAUGGAUACCAACGCCAACGACGACGACGACGGCAGCAGCCACAGCAAAUACUACUACCAUGGCGGCCAUGGGCGGUGUUGCCGUAAAGAAGGCCAAACCCAAUUGCGAGGACAAAUGCGGAGAAGUGGACGUCCCAUACCCCUUUGGAAUCCACAAAGGUUGUGCCAUCGAUAAUAAUGAUAGGUACUUCUUGCUCACAUGUAACCGCACCAGUUCUCCUCCGAAACUAAUAUAUGGAAGAAACAUCGAGGUUCGCAACAUCGAUCUCGAGAAUGCCACUAUGAGCGUUAUCAUAGAGAACUCCUACGACUGUUAUAACGAGGACGGAGAUUCCUCUGGCUAUUCCGGCGAAAACAUAACAUUGAGUAGUUUCUUCACGUUCUCAAACACUGAGAACAAGCUCAUGGCCUUCGGCUGCGACACGCUGGCGUACAUGACCGACUAUGAAAAUAGUUUCGGCAGUGGCUGCGUCUCGAUCUGCAGAAGAGAUGUGGACAUGUCGGCCGAAACCUCGUGUUCGGGCAAAGGCUGCUGCCAGACCUCUAUUCCCAAGAAUCUCAAGACUCUGCUCAUACAACUCCUCAGCUUCAAGAACCACACCAAGGUUCACCCAUUCAACCCUUGCGGGUAUGCGUUCUUGGCGGACCAGAGGACUUUCGACAUCUCCAAAAUGAGGCUCGAUUUUCGGCCGAAAGAUGUAAGAAAUUCUAGCGUUUUGCUGGAUUGGGUUGUGGGAAACGAGAAGUGUGAGGCUGCUAAAUCGAAUGGAUCGUCCUAUGUGUGCGGUGACAAUACUGAUUGUUACUUUUCGGACAAUGGUCGAGGAUAUCUUUGCCGGUGUUCCAAAGGUUUUAAGGGAAAUCCUUAUCUCAAACAAGGCUGUGAAGACAUAAAUGAGUGCUCAGAGCCAGAGACAUACAAAUGCACAGGAUGCAAAAACACAUUUGGAGGUUACACGUGCAAGUGCCCACUUGGGAUGCAUGGUGAUGGAAAAGAUGGAAACUGUCAAGGAUUUAGAUUUACCACUUUUGCUACAGUUAUCGGAGCAAGCAUUUUUUCGGUGAUAAUAGCUAUACUUCUUUUCUACGACUACAAUAGGAGGAAAAGGGAAAAAAUAUUCAAACAAAAUGGUGGUUUGGUGUUAAAGAACCAAAGAGUGAGAAUCUUCAGUAAAGCAGAGCUGGCCAAAGCAACCAAUAACUACAACCAAUCCAAUUUCCUCGGUCAAGGUGGCUUUGCUUCAGUUUAUAAGGGAGUUGUACAAAAUGAAACUAGUACUAGUACUAGUGCUACUACUCAACAAAUAGCUGUGAAGAAACCGAAACUUGAAAAGGACGACAAGAACAAUACUUUACAAAUCAACCGCCAACAAUUCCAUGAAGAAAUUGCCAUCGUUUCCCAAGUCAACCACAAGAAUGUGGUCAAACUUUUGGGGUUAUGUCUCGAGGCCAAAGUCCCACUUUUGGUUUACGAAUUAGUACCAAAUGGAACCCUUUCCAAGCACAUCCACGCUAAGAGAUCUUUGUCAUCUGAUAUGUUAAGGCCUUGGAGAACUCGACUACGUAUUGCAACAGAAACUGCUCUUGCCAUUGACUAUUUGCAUUCUUUGGCUCACCCUCCAAUCAUUCAUCGAGACAUUAAGUCGACCAACAUUCUCUUAGAUGAAAACUAUACUGCCAAAGUGUCUGAUUUUGGUGCCUCAGUUUUGAUACCUCCAGGGCAAAAUGGUAUAGCUACAACGGUUCAAGGGACUCUUGGCUACUUAGAUCCUGAAUACUUGACUACUGGUACACUGACUACAAAGAGUGAUGUUUAUAGCUUUGGUGUUGUUUUGAUGGAGCUAAUUACAGGAGAACGACCAAUAUCAAAUGGAGUUAUUAGGAGUGGAGCUAAAAGGAAUAUUAUUCAGUACUUUGUUUCGACGCUAAGAGAGAACAAGGGUGAGAAAUGCGUGGAGAAGAUAGUGGAUCCUAAGGUUGUUUACGAUGAAAAUCACGAAAGGGAGAUAGAGAUAGUUGCUAUGCUCGCAAUGAAAUGCUUGGAAGUACAUGGUGAAAAAAGACCAUCCAUGAAAGAAGUGGCAGAAGAGCUUUUGGUGGUUAACAAGCUUAAAGGAAAUGAUAAACACUACAAGAAUAAUAAUGCUCAACGAAAUAAUGGAGAAGAGACGGAACAAUUACUCAGUGUUGAUCAUAAUCAGUCAUCGUUUUCCAUUAGCCAUUCCAAUAUUGAGAAUGAUCAAGCCGUCGAGUAUACCACAUUUGAUGUGUCGGGAUAUAACGUGGAAUCAUCAAUUUCUCUCAACUAGUACAAAUUGCGUUGUUGCUAUCCCACAAAGUCUUUCUUACAACUAAAGUCUCAUUUGUAUUGUUUACUUUAUAUGGUUUACGUGUCACUUUGUAUAAUGUUUAAGUACGGGUGCAAUUAUCCUUACUCUUAUUUUUAUGUUUGAGAUAGAUAACUUGUUUGUCAAGAAAUAGAAAAAGGGAGAAGGUGCCUCUCUCCAAACCUAUAAAGUUCAAUUUUUUAUUUUA